UACUCUGAGACGACUCAGACCAACUCUCGCAUAAGACCAUCGACAACUUCCACAGGGACAUUCUCUUCGUAUGCAAAGAUAUGCAAAUAUAAUCGUGUGUAACCUGAAGGAAUGGGUUCUAAUUAACAGUAUUGACAUGUAAAAGUUGGUGACUAUGAUGAAGCUCUCCGCAAUGUGUUCCAUAAAGAGAACUGAUCCAGCAAACAGCAGCAGCAACAACGCAACUUUUGAUAUCAAUGAUGAAUCUGAGAGGCUACACAUACUAAUCGUAGAUGAAUCGUGCCAUGACAAUACGGUAAUCAAAGAAUGGUCAGAAGUGUAUGCAGGAGACAGAACAGGUAACAAUUUAUCUAGGAAACGCCGAAUAGAGAAAGUUCCUUCACUGAUGCGAAGGGCACACGAAGGAGACAAUCAAGAGUACAAUCCCAGGGUGGUUUCUUUGGGUCCUUAUCACCAUGGUAAACAGGAGCUUCAAUUAGCUGAGAACCUAAAACAUUCCAUUCUGCCCAAGUUUAUUUCAGGCAGUGGGAAACAGUUUGAUGAUUUCUACAAUAAGGUUCUGGAAGUGAUUGAUGAUGUUAGAAGCUGCUACGUUGAAGGUUCCACCAGUGACUACAAUGACCAGGAAUUUGCCGAAAUGAUGCUUCUUGACAGUUGUUUUCUUCUAUACUACAUAGAAUGCAUGUCAAAUCGACGAUUGGAAAUUUGGGAAUUUGUGCAUCAUAUGGGCAUGUUUGCCGCGAAGUAUAUAUUGUCAGACUUGUUUUUGCUUGAGAACCAACUCCCACUGCAAUUACUCGAGGCUUUGAUGAGCGAAAGAUUCAAAGAAGAUGAGAGGGGAGGAAUGAUAGAAAAUUUCUUUGCAGUAAUGUUUGCAAAAGCCCCACCCCCACGAAGUAAGCAUAGCAUUUCACGGAGGGAAGAUGAAAAGCAGCCUCUUCAUCUUCUUGAAGCUCUGCGCACAAUUCUCCUCUCCAACUACGAUGAAGAUAAGCAAAGGAUUCAAUCUUCUUUGUUCCCAAGUGGAAGAAAGGAACUUCCUAUUUGUGAUGUGAAGGAGUAUAUUCGGUCAUCUAUUCGACCUGUCACAGAACUCCAAGCAAAAGGAAUUCAAUUUAAGCGUAGCAAUAGUGUAAGUUUGAAGGACAUCAAGUUCAAUUCGAAAUGCUUUUAUGGACAGCUUAGUCUCCCUCCUCGGAUCAUUAAUGCUCAGACCAAGACUAUUUAUUCGAACCUGAUUGCUUAUGAAAUGUGCCCGAGUACUCCUAAUGAUUGUGGGAUAACUUCAUACAUUAGUUUCAUGAAAUCACUCAUUUGUCAACCUGAGGACGUGAGAGAGUUAAGGUCAAAGAACAUUCUUAUCAAUUGCCUGGGUAAUGAUGAAGAGGUGGUUAAAAUGUUCAAAGAUAUCAUCACUUACGAUCUGCAGAAGUUUGGCAUCUAUGACCAGGUUAGGAAGGACAUUCAGAACCACUACAACAACAAGAUGAAGACAUGGAUGGCUGAAUUGAUUCACAAAUAUUUUAGUAGCCCAUGGACUGUGGUUGCUUUCUUCGCAGCGACUUCUCUUCUGAUCUUGAGUUUCCUGCAGUCCUACUUCACAAUCUCCCCAACUCACCAUUGA